AUGAGACGCGCCAUCCCGAAAACUGCUAUGAUAUCGAAGGAUGCAAUUGAAACUAUAAACGCAUGCACGUCCGAAUUCAUCUCGUUCAUCACUAGUCAAGCGGCGGAAGAUGCGCAGAAGGAGAAAAGAUUAAACAUCAGUGGCGUAGAUAUCAUCAAGGCGAUGACAACGCUCGGCUUGGAGAACUACGGUGAAGCCUUGAGGAUUUACUUCCAAUGUUAUCGGCGAAAGGGAAAACCUCAGGAAAGAAUACAUUUCCUGUGA